AUGUCUGCCUCAACCGCCCAGCAACACGAAGACCUCGGAGAAAUCAGGGAGGUAGGGACAGAUGAAGCAUUGGCGUGGUCACUUGAUUGUAGUCCUGCGGUAUGGAGAGUCUUCUCGUCUCGCCGCGAGCUUAGUGGCAUUCGGGAAGAUGAGAAUAAGCCUUGGGUCGAGGUGCUGGCCGCGUUUAUAAGGGAUGAUCGUGGGGCUGAGGCCGACAGCAGAAAUCAAGCUGGAGCGGACGAGGAGGGGAGCACCGUUCGGACGUUCAUGCACGACCUGGACACCUCCGACAUAUCACAACCGCAAGCAGAGUGUGUUGAAGACUAUUGCUUCAAUGCUACCCUCGAAAAACUGCAAGCCGGACAAAAGCUUCCCUGUAAAGCGUGGGUUGCUGAAGGGGGAGAUGGAUGGUACAAGCCAGCAGCCGAUUGGCUACCACCACACAGCCUGUAUGAUGCGUUGAAAAAGCCGAGAUUCGGAUGGAGAAAAGAUCGAGCCUCACCAGCCGCAGCCGCAGUUGGGCAACUUGGGGUAGAGUUGGUGGAUCCCUCACCCUCACACCUCUUGACCCACCCGGCCUCGGGAACUCCGACCUCGACGCCGUCGUCGUAUUCCACAAACAACGAGACGAGCUCGCAGACGAAGCAAGACGAGGCACCCGACAUAGAACGACGAAUGACAUUCAUCUAUGACCUAGAUUCUUGGAACAUCUGUGCACUUGUGGCUACAGCAUCAGAAAGCCAAGCGGCUGCUCUACGCGAUGCCUUCUUUAAGUACUUGACCUUCCGGAGUUCCAUCGAAGCAAGCUUGUCUGAUGGCUGGCCCACCUUUCGACUAUCCCUUCACCUUCCGUACUAUGCAUGGCGGUGUUCUUCCAACCCAAAGGCAGAUCCUCGUCAUGACCGGAGGAACCACCCGCUCAGGCACCAUAGAGACGUGUCUUUCCUCAAUUGUGAGGGUGGAAAGGCCUUUCUUUAUGAGGCGCAAAUCUCAUUUGUGCUGGCCGGAAUUGAUGAGUGGAGAUGGGUUGCAUACUGUUUCGUCGAUUCAUACUUCGACGAGGAUGGCGAAAAUGCUGCGCAAUAUCACAAAGACGUCUCCGAUGGGUCACAUACCGACCCAUUCGAGUAUGGUGUAGCCGACAAGCAUACCGAGCAAGCCAGUGAGUUCUUUCUCAAGGUCUUCAGAAUCAGGACGAAACAGAUCAUGCAGGAAUGGGAGCGUGUGGUUAGGAAUGUGGAGGCAAGCAUCCGCCAGCAUGCACGAAGCCAUGAAAAGCGUCCGACAGAGUCUCCGGGCCCAUCAGCUGCCGACGGAGUGAUUGAGGCUUAUAGCGAUGAGAUCCAAAAAUCCCUGAACUGGGUCGGGAAAGCCUUGUCUGUUCUGACGGAACUCUCGGAAGUUCUGGACAAAACCUCUGAUGCCUGGGACAAUUUCCGCCGCUUUCAGGUGGUCAAGCUUCAGCUAUUAUCUUCAGCGAGCCGGACUGGACCCUCGCUUUCCACCAUACGGACAUCCUUCCUCCGAUUGGAGCUGCUGAAAAAGACCGCUGAAUUCAUGGCUAAACGCUGCAGUACUAUGAAGCAAGAGCUUCAAUUCCAACUGAGCCUCCACGACAUGGAAGUCGGAGAUCAGCAGCGCAGGUUGGCAGAAGCAAGUAACAAGCUUGCUCAAGCGAGCAACCAAAUGGCUCAAGCGAGCUACGAUAUGGCCCAGACGAACAAGAAAUUCUCGUUCACCAUGAUGCUCCCAUCGAACACCUUGUUCCCAAAACUCAAUGCUGCAGGCGCGAUGGCGACACUUACGGACGAUGGUCUUUCGGCAAUGUUGGAAGCUUUGAACGUGGAAGCCACCUCCCCACUCUUUCCGUCUGCUGACAGCAAGAACAAUCCGAUGGAUAUAUACCUCACUCGCCUAGCAGAUAUACUCGUUCAACUCACCAAUUGUGAUCCCCAAGUGGCACUUGACUCGAUACAGUGGCCUAACGAGAUAUGGGACCUUGUCGUCGUCCUUCCUCGUCUUCGAAUUCAAGAUAUCGACAGUAAGGAUCCUGCUGCUGAGCUGAAACAAAGGUUCCCGCCAUCGCCUCUUUUUGCGAACCCUGUCGAGGAUGGAAUUCAUCUGCGGUUUUUGCUCGCUCCGAUCACGCUCGCGCGUGUACUUAUUCCCUACAUCCUUGACCGGGGAGAUACAUAUGGGAAGAUUACCCUGGAAGGUCAUGUCGACCUUCCAUCCACGGACCGCCCGGGCAAUAAGAUUGUUGUCGAGUUCUCAUCUCCAAAUCUUGGAAAGGAGUUCGAUGGCAACCAUCUGAGAAGCACUAUCAUUGGGGCAUACAUCGCUUCUUUGUACGAAGCAAUGGAUUGGGACGUCUGCAGGAUGAACUUUCUCGGCGACUGGGGACGACAUAUUGGACUGUUAGCCGUUGGCUGGCUCCGAUUUGGUUCGGAGGAGCUCUUUGAGACCGAUCCACUCCAGCACUUACUUGGUGUCUUCUCGCAGAUCAGCAAGCUGCUGAAAGAUGAGCAAGAAGAGGCUAGAAGAUUGCGUGCUGAAGGUCAAGUUGAUCGAAGUGAGGUGACUAACACAAUCUCCGCAGAGAAAGACGCCUUCUUCAGAAGUAUGGAGAAUGGUGAUCGAGAUGCUGUGGACUUGUGGCGAAAGAUUCGCGAAGCUUGCGUACGGAGCUACACUGACCUCUACGCACGGCUAAAUAUCGCCUUUGACGAGUACUCAGGAGAGUCCACAGUCAGCCAUGAGACUGUCGCUCGAGUAGAGGCAAUACUGAAAGAAAAGGAUGCGUAUCGCGAAAGCGAGGGAGCUUGGGUCAUCGACUUUGAGAAGCACGGCUACAAAGGGCAGAAGACUGCUAUCGCUCGGUUCAGCGAUGGAACGACCACCUAUCUGUUGAGAGACAUCGCGGCGGCGUUGGAGAGGAGUGAUACGCACUCCUUCGACAAAAUGAUCUACGUGGUCGCGUCCAAACAAGACUCCCAUUUCCAUCAGGUCUUCACCGCUCUAGAAAUCAUGGGCUAUUCUGAGCUAGUUGCAAAACUCCAGCAUAUCAGCUUUGGAAAGUUCCAGGGCCUGUCACCACACGAAGACAGCAGAGGACUCUUGUUGAAGGAUAUUCUCGACCAGUGCCAAAGUACAAUGGACGACUUCUUGGAGUCAAACCCUGACGACUUCGCACAGGUUCGAGGAGACCAAGGAGCCCGCAGCCUUUCUAGUCCUCUUGCUGCGAUGGGUCUCAUGACCCAAGAACUGUCCAUCCGACGCGGCGCCACCUUCAACUACGAUACCCAUAAAAUGGCUGAUCUCGACAUUUACUCGGGCCUAAGCCUCCACUACUGGUUCACUCAAGUUGACGCAAGGCUUCAAGGCGCAACUAUCAAUCGUGAAGCUCUUGAAAAGGCAGAUUAUUCGAUUUUCGAAGAAGAAGCAUACUCCGACAUCCUCCGUCUCCUCAUCCAAUUUCCUGGCAUGGUCAAGUCUUCGGCGAAGAGUUUAGAAUCAUCCAUCAUACUGAAUUAUCUAUUUCGCGUUACCGACGCUCUGCCUGCUAUUUUCGACAAGGAGGAAGUUGCGGAGAGCUCGAAACUGAACAUUGCCAAACUGGCAUUGUUCGAAUGUGUGCGCCAGACUCUGAGCAAUGGAAUGGCGAUGGUCAGUUUGGUGCCAGUGCGAAUGAGUACGCAGACCGGAGGCAUUGAACAGUCAGCGCAGGAGGAACAGGCCGCGCAGGAUCAACAGAACGAAGAAUGUCAACAGCCCGAUCAGCCUGCACAGACAGAACACGACGAUCAGCCUGCUCACGAUACACUAGCAGAGCAGACUGAACAUAUAGCGGAGACUGGGGCUUAG